AUGCAUAUUUAAGACCAAAACCAAGUAACCUACUUCAACAAACCACAUCCAUAUACACUUCAAUCACAAAUUUCAGAAUCCUCAAUUCAAAUCCUUCUUUAUUGUAGUCUCUUUUUAGUCCUAGCUAGCAAUACCAUUACCCCAAAAAAAAGAAAAAUGAGUGUGGAAGUGUUAGAUGCUGCCACCAUCCUCAACUUUGUGCAAGACAAGGAAGCAUUCCAUGUUUUGGUAUGCGACCGUUUUGCUCACCUUGACACCAACCAUGAUGGCCUCCUUUCAUAUGCCGAGAUGUUGAAAGAGCUGCAGUGUUUGAGAGUGUUCGAGACGCAUUUUGGAAUCGAUGUUAAACCCGAGCCAAGCGAACUGGCUCGAGUUUAUGAAUCGCUGUUUGAUCAGUUUGAUCAUGACUCAAAUGGGACGAUUGAUCUGGAGGAGUUCGAGGCUGAAACAGAGAGAAUGUUGGUUGCUGUGGCUACCGGGUUGGGAUUCUUGCCUGUUCAAAUGGUGUUGGAAGAGGACAGCUUCCUUAAGAAAGCAGUUGAUCGAGAACAUGACUAAAGUGGCUGCUUGAAAGUCUUAUGCAAUUUUGUAUUUUAUGUUUUUGGGUGUUUGUUUUUGUUUGUUUAAUUUUAUAUCAUGAUGUACUAAUUAGUGAAAUUGGAAUUGUCUUGUUAUCUGGGUAAUAUAUUUAUUGUGAUGUAAUUUUUAUUAAACCAAGAAAACAAUUAUGCCAAAAAUUAAUGUUAUAAGCUGACGUUCUAUAUAUAUGUAUACAAGAAUUUCAA